GCCCCGAGCGCGAGCGGCGGCCACGCACACGGCGCCGCGGCCUCCCCUGGACCGCCCGGCUGGGCCGCGGGGAUGCGGAGCGGCGGGCGCCGGAGGCCGCGGCCCGGCUAGGCCCGCCGCGCCCGGAGCGGCGCCCGAGGCUGCGGCCGCCGGCUGGGCAGACGCGUGAAGGAGCAGCCCCGCGGGGCCCCUGGCCGGCACCAUGAGCGAGGCGGCCGUGGUGAAGGAGGGCUGGCUGCACAAGAGAGGGGAGUACAUCAAGACCUGGAGGCCCCGGUACUUCCUGCUCAAGAGUGAUGGCAGCUUCACGGGCUACAAGGAGCGGCCGCAGGACACGGAGCAGCGCGAGGCCCCCCUCAACAACUUCUCCGUGGCCCAGUGCCAGCUGAUGAAGACGGAGCGGCCGCGGCCCAACACCUUCAUCAUCCGCUGCCUGCAGUGGACCACCGUCAUCGAGCGCACGUUCCACGUGGAGACCCCUGAGGAGCGGGAGGAGUGGACGACCGCCAUCCAGACGGUGGCCGACGGGCUGAAGAAGCAGGAGGAGGAGAUGAUGGACUUCCGGUCGGGGUCUCCUAGCGACAACUCGGGGGCCGAGGAGAUGGAGGUCUCGCUGGCCAAACCCAAGCACCGCGUGACCAUGAAUGAGUUCGAGUACCUGAAGCUUCUCGGCAAGGGCACCUUCGGGAAGGUGAUCCUGGUGAAGGAGAAGGCCACCGGCCGCUACUACGCCAUGAAGAUCCUGAAGAAGGAGGUCAUCGUGGCCAAGGACGAGGUGGCCCACACGCUCACCGAGAACCGGGUCCUGCAGAAUUCCCGGCACCCAUUCCUGACCGCCCUGAAGUACUCCUUCCAGACCCACGACCGGCUCUGCUUCGUCAUGGAGUACGCCAACGGGGGCGAGCUCUUCUUCCACCUCUCCCGGGAGCGCGUGUUCCCCGAGGACCGGGCGCGCUUCUACGGCGCCGAGAUCGUGUCGGCCCUGGACUACCUGCACUCGGAGAAGAACGUGGUCUACCGGGACCUCAAGCUGGAGAACCUCAUGCUGGACAAGGACGGCCACAUCAAGAUCACCGACUUCGGGCUGUGCAAGGAGGGCAUCAAGGACGGCGCCACCAUGAAGACCUUCUGCGGAACCCCCGAGUACCUGGCCCCCGAGGUGCUGGAGGACAACGACUACGGUCGGGCGGUGGACUGGUGGGGGCUGGGCGUGGUCAUGUACGAGAUGCUGUGCGGCCGCCUGCCCUUCUACAACCAGGACCACGAGAAGCUCUUCGAGCUCAUCCUCAUGGAGGACAUCCGCUUCCCGCGCACGCUGGGGCCCGAGGCCAAGUCCCUGCUGGCCGGGCUGCUCAAGAAGGACCCCAAGCAGAGGCUGGGCGGCGGCUCGGAGGACGCCAAGGAGAUCAUGCAGCACCGCUUCUUCGCGGGCGUCGUGUGGCAGGACGUGUACGAGAAGAAGCUCAGCCCCCCCUUCAAGCCUCAGGUCACGUCCGAGACGGACACCAGGUAUUUCGAUGAGGAGUUCACGGCCCAGAUGAUCACCAUCACGCCACCCGACCAAGAUGACAACAUGGAGUGUGCGGACAGCGAGCGCAGGCCCCACUUCCCCCAGUUCUCCUACUCGGCCAGCGGCACGGCCUGAGGCGGCCGUGGGGAGGAGCCCCCGGGGGCUUCUUAAUUUAUUUCAGCGUCUCCCGAUGAGAUGCCGGGGCCGGGGGCCACUGACUGAGCCCGUGGGCCCAGGCCCCCCGCCAGGCCGGCAGGACGCACUGGGGUUUCCCACCGUGACAGGGACCCCCGCCC